AUGGCCGACGAUGGCAUGCUCGUCAACUUUGACAUAGGUCCCGACGCAUUCGUGGGCGCCCACUCUGCACCAUCCUUCAAAGGCGGAAAAUGGACCGACCGACAGAAGGCAAAGAGGCUUGCACAGUACCACAUCCGCAAGGGAAAUACAGCAGCAGCAGCGCCAAAGAAAGCAGACGACGGCACCGGAGAGUUCAAUGUCGCAAGACCCCAGAGCCAGAAAAAAGACAAUUCAAAUUCAAACAACUCAAACCCGAACCAUGUCCUCUUUGACCGCAGCCUAAAGCGCAAACGUCCCAGCGAGUCCUCUUCAGCCCCAAAGCCCAAUGGCACUGGCGUGCCCCCUCCAGGGACAAAACCUGGCGAAUUCGUGUCUUCGCUCUGGACUCAGAACCCCGCAUCAAUCACUAUUGAGUCCGCGCCGGAGCCAGAGCCGGAGGCACAGGCUCCGACCAAUGCCCCUCUAUCAGACGGCUCAACGACCUUCACAACGCUCGGCCUCUCCCCCAUCCUCGCAAACCAUCUCACCACAAAAUUGACCCUCAAAGCUCCAACAGCAAUUCAAAAGUCUGCAAUUCCCGAGCUCAUCAAGACCGAUAGCGAUGCCUUCAUCCAGGCCGAGACGGGUUCAGGAAAGACGCUGACGUACCUGCUCCCCAUCGUCAACCGGAUCAUGCAGCUCACAAAACCACGGCCCUCCUCCGGCACCCCCAGCGGUAAGAAGGAGACUAUGGCACGCCAUUCAGGCCUCUAUGCCAUCAUACUCGCACCGACCCGCGAGCUGUCCCGCCAGAUUGAAACGGUUCUGUCAACACUCAUCCAUGCCAAGAACGGCCCGCACUGGAUCGUCCCCGGCUCCGUUAUUGGUGGAGAGAAGAAAAAAUCCGAGAAGGCGCGACUGCGCAAGGGGCUCAACAUCCUCGUUGCAACACCCGGACGGCUCCUGGAUCAUCUCGAGAACACAGAGAGCCUGGAUGUCAGUCGGGUUCGGUGGGUCGUCAUGGACGAGGGAGAUAGACUCAUGGAGCUGGGUUUCGAGGAGACAAUUGGCAGCAUUCUCGCAAUCCUAGAGAAGAAGAGUAAGCUUCCCAACGGCACUCCGGAACGGGGUUCUGGUGUUCCGAGCGGCGAAGAGGUCCUCCCAAAGCGUAGAGUUACGAUAUUGUGUUCAGCGACAAUGAAGACGAAUGUGCAGCGGUUGGGAGACAUCUCGCUGAAGGACGCACUCUAUAUCAAGGCCGAGAAGAGCGCCGAGGACGAGGAGGCAGAUAACGCCGGGAAAGAAGCUGGUGAGGGAAAGUUUACGGCCCCGGCACAGCUGAAGCAGAGCUAUGCUGUUGUGCCGGCCAAGCAGCGGCUGGUUGCGCUCAUGGCAGUGCUCAAACGGGCGUUCAUACGGCAGACUGCCACACCGCGAGUCAUGGUCUUCUUCUCUUGCUCCGACUCGGUCGACUUCCACUUUGAAGUCUUCUCUCGCCAACUCUCCGAAGAGGCCGCCGCCGCUGCUGCUGCUACCAAACCCACCACCGCCGUCGACUCCAGCUCGGACUCCGAGUCCGAAGCCGAAGACACCACCCCCGAAGACGGCAAAACCAGCAAAAAGAAACCUCAAGACAAAAAGAAGAAGAAGAAGCCCGCCCUCAACCCCGCUACCAGCCCCGCACCAACCCUUCACCCCUCCUGCGUCCUGCACAAACUCCACGGCUCCCUCCCACAGCCCAUCCGCACCGCCGCCCUCCACUCCUUCACCACCACCCCACACCCCACCAUCCUCUUCUGCACAGACGUCGCCGCCCGCGGCCUCGACCUCCCAAACAUCGACCUCAUCAUCCAGCACGACCCCCCUUCUCUCCCUCCGACCACCUCCACCGUAUCGGCCGUACCGCACGUGCCGGCCGUCCCGGCCGCGCAAUCAUCUUCCUCCUGCCGGGGCCCGAGGAGGGCUAUGUCGAGUCUGUGCUCAAGAAGGGCAGGAUGCAAGAAUGAAGAGUGUUGCGGCGAGGGCGUGGGGAGUCAUAUCAGGGCCUAUGCGACGCAUGUGGGCAUUGAGAGGGCCGUGUUCAGUGUCAAGGGGCUGCAUUAUGGGCACUUGGCGAAGAGCUUUGGGUUGAGGGAUAAGCCGGGAGAUAUCAAGGUUCCUGGUGGGGGUGGGGGUGGUGAUGGCGGUGGGAAGAGUUUGGCGGUGGCGCAGAAGAGGGGUGUGGAGGAUAGUGAUGAGGAGAGGGAUGAGAGGCCCGGGAAUGAGGCGAUGAGGAAGAUGAGGAAGAUUGCGCAGGGGAUGUUGAAGAAGAAGGGGAUGGCGGAUGAGUUUAAUAUCGGGUAG